CAUCCACUUAACACUCUUUCGCUAUCAUCUUAUUCUCACCCGCUCAGGGCGUCAUGGGCAUCUUCUCGUGGUUGUACGGAUCCAAGUCGACCGACUACGAAACCGUCCUCGCCCAACUGGCAACUGAGAUCAACGAGGCCAAGCAGAACCUCUCUGAGAUUCGCCUGCGGCAGCGUCGUUUUACUCUUGUCGUUAAUGCGUACGGCAUCGGCCUGUGGGCUGUCAUCCUCGGCCUGUGGUACUUGGGGAAACUGCCAUGGGGCUUGGUCGGAUGGGAUGCGGAUGGGACUGAGGCCAAGGUCGUUGGCGGGGCCGCCGUGGGAGGCGCGCCGUUUGUGAUCUGGCUGCUCAACCGUACCAUUUCGUGGAUCUUUGUGCGCAAGCGCACGUCGGAAGAGACUCAUCUCCGGCUCCUGCUCAACAAGCAGAGGAAACAGGUCGAGGAGAUCAAGAAGGCCACCAACUUUGACACAACCCGCAAGCUUAUUGAACAAUACGAGGACUCGCCCAUGGGCACACCACAACGCACCCCCCAGCGUAGUCCCCAAACACCGCAGCGCAAGGGGUCGCCGGCAACGUCGCAGUCUCCUCAGCAGACACCGCAGAAGCACACGCCGGGGCAGGGCGCACCUGUCUCUCCGGCGCAGGGGACGCCGCAUGCGCCCGGCCACCUUGCAAGUAAGCUGACGCGAGGCCGGAAGAAGGACCCCGCGCUGACCACAGCGCGCCCGCAGACCCCGCUGCCGAUUCCGCCUGGGCUCACGCCCGAGCAGGCCGCUAUCCUCCACAUGCAGAUGCAGGCCAUCACACCGGUGCUACCGACGCCCGAGAAGAAGUGGUAUGACCGGCUGGCGGACACGAUCCUGGGCGACGACCCGGCUCAGGCCACGCAGAGCAAGUACGCGCUCGUGUGCGAAAAGUGCUUCCGGCACAACGGGCUUAUCGGGUCCAAGCACGAGUGGGAGCGCAUGCAAUGGAUUUGCCCGCGGUGCAACCAUAUGAACCGCGCGCCGCUGUCGCGCAUGGCGGGAGAGGAAGGAUAUGCACACGACGUGCCGACGCCGCAGCAGUCGCAGUCGCUGUCCUUAUCACAGUCGCAGUCUCAGGCGCUGCCCGAGACGCCGAGCAAGCCGGCUAAGCAGCGCGGGGCGCCCACGGCGUCGCCACUCCGGAGGGCAGUGGGCGCGCGCAGUGCGCGCUCCUCGCGUCUGGGACAGGAGGUGUUCUCGGCGAGCGAUGCCGAGGACGCCGAGGACGACAAAGACGAGGAGGGGUACGAGGUCAAGGACGACGCGAUGGAGGUGGACAAGUAGAGCUGUACAGGGAGGAUGCAUCGCGCGUGGCUAGCGCAUAGCUGUGAUUGUG